CAUAUUGCAAGAGGACCAUGCCUCCAAAAAAGCCAGGUCCUGUAACAAAAUCGGCUCCGAAAUCGACCACACAAAAACCUGCAGGGAGGGGUGCUGCAGCUAAACCCACCGCCAAGAAGCCGAGCAGUGCGGCUGUUAAACCAGGAGCUAGUGGAACCAAAGGGACCCCAGCAAGGAAAGGAGUCACAUCCCCAAGUAAAACGCAAGCCAAGGGGAAGGAUAAUGCGUCACCACAGGUCAAGGGCACGAAGUGGACAAAGCAGGAUGACUCUGCUGUGAUCAUUCAGAAAUACACAAGACGACAUUUGGCUAAAAAGGAACUGGCAAAGAGGAAAAAAGACAAACAAGAGUAUGAUGAGUUGAUGGACAAGAUUCAAAAGGAGGCAUGGCUAAAGUUGGUCCAGAUGGAGAGAGAAGAAGCAGAAAAAGAGAGAAAAAAAGAAGAGGAAGAAAGACGGAAAAGGAAGGAAGAGGCAAAGAGAAGAAGCAGAAUACUAGAAGCUGCUUUUGAUGGUGAUAAUGAUGAGAUUUUAGCUGUGCUCGAUGAGGCUUAUGAAGAAGACUCCAAAAGAUCAGACUUAUCUGAACCUGCAAGACAGUCUCUCAUUACAAGACACCAAUUGGCACUAGUGGACUGUGAGGAUGCAAACAACAACACCCCCCUGUCAGAAGCAGCAGGUGGUGGUCAUGUGGACACUGUUCAGCUUCUAAUUCAAAGAGGAGCUGAUCUGAAUUCCAGGGGGAGGUAUCAAAGAGUUCCAUUGUGGCGUGCAGCAUUUGGGGGACAUCUUCAGGCUGUGCAGACUCUUUUAGAACACGGAGGUGACCCCAGGUUAAUAGCAGAUGAUGGUACAAAUGCAGUACAGGUGGCGGCAAUACCAGCUGUUGAACAGGUUUUACAAGAAUGGGACAUCAAACAAACAGAUGUCUUGCUGGAAAAACUGGAAGCCGAUAGGAAUACUCGAUCAGAGCAAGAGAAAAAGCUGAGGGAGGCAGAGAACAACAGACUGGAAAAGGAAUUAGAAAAGGCAGAAAAGGAGAACCAGGCUCAUCAAAAAGAGUUAGGUAAAGCGCACUGUGAACUAAACAAAAGGAUUUAUGAACAUGAUAAAUGUAUGGCUGAAGGAAAGAUGGACAAAAGAGAUGUGACACUACAGGCGGUACAUGAUGCUGAGGCAGUGCUGGAACUUGCAAGGAAAAAAGCAGAGGCUUCAAAAGAAGCUCUAGCUCAGGUGAAGCUAAAACUUAGAGAGCAGCACAAAAAAGACAAUAAUUCUGCAGACGGCACCGACCUAAAGGGCAUGAAAGUGAUGAUAAAAGACCUUGAUGAUGUAUUGUUCAGAGAUGUUGGUGGCAAGAUUGCUGCAGAUGGCAGAUGGCCCCUCCUGAUUGAUUCCACUCCACAGAGUUCCACCUUCUUGCGGUACCGUGACACCAACUUCAUAAAUGCACUCAGUCCUAAGCACAUGGAGCCUGAUGUGAUUCGUUUGGCAAUUCUAGGAGGUUUAAGGUAUGGCAAGCCAGUAGUCUUGGAUAUGAUGGAUGUAGACAUGUUUGACACUGUCACGAUGAAAUUUGAUGAAGUGAAAAAAGGCCUCAUGGCGUCACUGAUGUCUAAAGAUCUUCUGAAAGAUAGCAAAUUUUUGGAGCUUGUCCAACCAACAGACGGGGAGGAGUACAGCAAGACAAGUUUCCUGGGAGCAAGAAUAGAGAGAUUUUCAUUUAUCAUAAUUACACAACAGUGGCAUCCUCCAGAACACUUAAUGGAACAGACAUACCCUAUAAGAGUCAUCAUUCCUUCAAGACCAGAUGUAUAACAAUUAAUUCAAAUCAACCUCUGUUGACAGCUAGUCACUGACAGAAGCUUCUUCUAAUUAUCAGUGCACAUGGGUUUUUUUUUUUGCUAUAUAUAUUUGCAACAUUUUAUACUUUCAUUUUAUACUUUCACAGUUGAUCCUUCUUGCUAUCAAAGUUGAUGAUGUCUUGUGUAGUGGGACAAUUUGAAUUGCACUGUCGCUUCAUGCACAAAAUCUAUAGUUAUAACAUAUGUAACUAAAUUGUGCAUAAAGUGUUUAAGUGGAUGUAAUCAACCUUGAUGGCAAGAAGGCAUAACAGAAUCAACCACCUGAAAAUAUUCCGUUCCAGUUGGCAAACAGGGACAGCACAAUCCCAAAUUUCAAAUGAAACUGGCUGGCACAGGUCAUGUAUUUUUUACAGUGAAA